AUGAUCUCCCUCCAUCUUCAUCUUCUUCGCUGGCCCGCCUACGUGACACUGCUUGCAGCGCUGCUGCUCAACCUGUACAUCUACAAUUACCCCUAUCUCCAGAACCGGACAGAGUGCAUUUGGAGAGAUGACCGUGGAUGGAACCUCGACAAGAGCCACGAGGAGGUGCAUUUGCUGGCCUUUGGCGACCCGCAGAUCCGCGGAGCAUCCAACACGUCCAACUGGCGGACGCGCCUCGACAUCUUUGGCAACGACCACUUUCUGGGCCAUAUCUACCGAGUCAUGGCCAAGCGCACCAAACCCAACCAAGUGUCGGUGCUCGGUGAUCUCUUGUCUUCUCAGUGGAUCACGGACGACGAAUUCGAGCGACGGGCAGAUCGGUACUUUGGGCGCAUCUUUGACGAGUCUCUGGUCAAAAAUAAUGACGGGUACGUCAUGUGGUACAAUAUUGCUGGAAACCACGAUAUUGGAUAUGGAGGAGAAAUGACGCGUGAACGGAUCGACCGAUUCGAAAACCGAUUUGGCAGAGUCAACUAUUAUGUGCCCAGAAAAGGGUAUCGUGUCGUGGUGCUCAAUAAUCUGGCUCUAGACGGUCCCGUUUACGAACAGCAGUUCCAAAACGAUUGCUGGAUGUUUGUGGAUAUGGUGAGACAGGCUCGAGAACAGGAGCCCGACGUGUCGACCAUUCUCAUGACCCACGUGCCUCUUUACAAGCCGGCAGGCAUUUGUGCCGACGGACCCAUGUUUAAGUACUAUGAUAACGAGUACAAGUGGCUGCGGUCUCAGAACCAUCUUUCUGAGGAUGCUACCAACCGACUUCUUGACGGUAUCUUCGGCAGGGAAGAUCCUCGAGGCGUUAUCUUGGCUGGCCACGAUCACGAGGGUUGUGUUUCCAGUUACAGCUUUGAUCCUGGACACGGAAACUGGACAGUUGAGGGUGGAAGAGGCAAUGCCGUGUCAGAAUAUACCGUUCGAAGCAUGAUGGGCGAGUUUGGCGGCAACACAGGCCUGCUGACAGGCAGCUGGAACGAUACAGAGGGCAAGUACGACUUUGACUACUCUCUGUGUCCCUUUGUCGUCCAGCAUCUAUGGUGGGCCACCAAGGUAGUGACCAUUAUUGCAACUAUUGUUGCCUUACCAGUGGCUGUUUCGAUCCACUACAGUUAG